AUUUAAACGGCGGCGGGAGCGGGGGCUCCUGUGGGCGCCGCCGUCUCCGUCGCCCUCCCCCUCCGAACAUGGUGCGCACCAAGGCGGACGGCGCGACCGGAGCCUACCGAAAAGUGGUGGCCGGCCGAGCUCCCCGCAAAGCCCUCGGCGCCUGUAACGCGGCCAACGCUUCCACCUCUCCUUCAGCGCGGAAAGCUGAAAGCAAAUAUGCCGGUGGGAAUCCAGUAUGCGUAAGGCCAACGCCCACCUGGCAGAAAGGAAUUGGAGAAUUCUUCACCUUAUCAUCCAAGCAUUCGGAAAAAGAGAAUCAGAACCCGAAUGAGGCUGAGCCAGGAAGCAGUGGCCUAGGAAAAGCUACAAGGAAAGCCCGUCCUUUGCCUCCGGAUCCUACAGAGGAGGAUGAUGAUGAUGAUGCGUGUCCCGAUGAAGAUUAGAACAUUCUUUAGUUUGCUGCUGCUGACUAAUAUCUCUGCUUAAAUCGGUAUCUCCGGCUGUAUAUUUGUGUAUAUAUAUAUUCGCGGUUGCUCUGAUUAGUUUUGCUGUACAUAACUCCAAUGAAAAAGGCUAAACUGGACUUUCAACACUUAGGAACUCAAACCAAGUAGUUUUCAAGUGUUUACUUCUAAGAUUAAUAUAUAUCUAGAGCUUGGCAUUCAGUGUAAUACGGUAUUUUAUUUUCUACUCGUGUGAUGAACGCAUCCUGCUUAAAUUAAAGCCAUUUCGCAUGGCGUCCUAAGUACUAAUCUCCAGGAUUUAAGGCUCGCUUGCUUUUACCAUUUUUGUCAUAUUUGUUAAUCGAAAUAAUGUGCCAUAUAGACUUGUGUGCUUAAAAAGCAGUAUUUAAAAAAAAAAUCAAGGUACUUUGCAUAGUCAAGAAGGAUUUUCCAUACUGAACUCCCUGAAUUGAAAGCAUGGCUAUUUUUGUGUUUUCCCUCAGGAAUGGGUUAUUUGUUGACACUGUCACAAGUAUUUCCGUUAAACAUUUGAAGAGGUACUCUAUUAAGGGAUUAGACUAGUGUUCCUAGAUCUACCUCUGCCUCUGGUCACUCUUCUCCAUUUUUUCUCUCCCUCUCCCUUUUAGGGUAGUGAAGUUUACAACAUCAAUUUUUCAGGUAUUUAUGUUAAGGCAACAUUCUCAGGAAAACAGUAAUCCAGGCUAGUAAGGAAAACUGCUAGUAACAACACCACUGUCCUGCUAGAGCAAUCAUUUUUUAUUUUUCUGACAUGUCUGAAAGACAGAAGCCUCAUCAGAGGAGAUCAGAGUUAGAAGCCCUAUUCAGUAUCCAAGAAUAUUUAAUCAUGUUUAAUAAAAUCACCUCAUCCUUUCCUCCCUCAAUAUGAUUGGUCUUGCACAAGACUGACUGGAAUUUUUCACUGAAUUAUUGUCACUUCUGUGAAUAAGCACCAGGAAAUCAUCAUUGAAAAAUUUGAAGACCUCAAAGAAAGCAUAUUCUAAAAACACUUUUGUCCUCGUUAAUGUUGACAGUAAAGUGAAAUUGCUAACCAUGGGAUUUACACUGGAUUUACAAAAAAACAAAAUUUUGUAGUCUGUGUAGAAAUACUGCUAUGUUCAAUUUUAGGUGCCAAAAGAAACCAGAGGUUUACUCCCUAUGAUCAGGUAUCUCCUGGCUAUAGAAUGGUAAGGUUGAUGCCUGUUGAUGUUUGGAAAGAAAUUUUCUCUGUCAAAGAAAAUGCCUGCCAUACAGGACCGUGCAGCAACUAAUGGAUUUCAAGGUGUGCAACGAGCAUGAUUAUGGAAGUGAGUAGAAUAUUGUGUUGUAACUGGUAUUUCCUUAUUCUGUAACCAAGGAUUCUGCUCACUGACUUCACAGGAUUAUUAAUCAUGAUUAAUUUUGCUAAUUCCCGUCUUGCUAUAAACAUGCUUUGCAAUAAAAUGGCCUGAUUUCAUAAUGAA